AAGUAAAUAUUGUUAUGUAUUAUUUUAUUAUUAUUCAAACUUAAAUGUUUUCUAUUGUUCUUAAUUUAUCAUCGUACCAUUGAUCUAUUAGACUUCAACAAACAAUAGUUUUCCGUAAAUAUCUUGAUGUCAUUUAAUAUGGAAUUAUCAAAACAGUUAUUCAUACAUCUAAAACAAUUUAUUAUUCAAUUUCAAUAGUAAAAAAUGACUAAAUAUUUCUUGUAAAUAUUUGCUUACGGUUCAUUAAAAUGUGGAAACCAAUACUUGUUGUUAUAUUUGGCCUGUCAUCAGUGUGGAGUGAAUUAAUCAGUGGACAAUAUGCAAGUUACAAGUCAAAUGAUCUUAUUCCCAUUGUCUUAAAGGGAAAUUACUCUCAAAAUUAUCGAACAGUUAUCAACAAAAAUGUUUCUUAUUUGUUUCUUUAUGAUUACAUGCUGAAUUCUACUUUAGAGCCACCAAGAGUUAAGGUCACAUUAGUAGAACCAGAAAAUCAUGAUAUUAUAGAUCCUUUAAUAGUUGUUGUAAGACAUCGCUCUGGUGUGAUAUCAUGGCAACUUCCGUUCAUAGAAAAACAACAAGAAAUAAAAUAUUAUAAAGCCGCUCAUAUAUUAUGUCCGUCAUUAAGUGCUUCUAACAAUGAAAGUGGAAUAGUUGUAAGUGUAUCAACUAACAGUCCAAUGAAUAUAACAUUCAUUUUACGUUUGGAUGUUCAAAAAUCAUUUAAUGUAUUAUUAAAUCAAGAAGUAUCUUUCAGCCUAUCACCAUCGGAACCAGUAUAUUAUUAUUAUAGUUUUAAACAAAACGCUUCUAUGGUAUUACUUCAUGUUAUAUCUGAUGAUGUCAUGUGUAUGACAUUGUCAAUACAAAAUUCAUCGUGUCCAGUUUUUGACUCUCUAGAAACAGUUCAGUAUGAUGGUUUACGGCAAACUGUCAGCAAAACUGGUGGUAUUAUUAUAUCGAAAGAUGAAUACCCACUUGGACUGUUUAUAGUCUUUGUAGUUCAUAGUGAUAAUUCAGCAUGUAAUCGAGGAAACUAUCAAGCAACAAAUUCCAGAACAAAAAGCAUUAGUUUUGUGGUGAAACCAACUGUUGAUUUUAAUUACCAAAUAAUCAAUUGCUUAAUAGUAACUUUUAUUUUUAUUUCUAUUUUGGUAUUAACCACAUUUUUUUAUCAUGCAAAAAGAGAUAAUCUAAAAACAAUUGACAUCACACAAGAAGAACCAUCGACUAGUAUUUGUUCAACCCCUGUUAAUAUUCAACCUGAUAAUGUGAGUUAUGAUUCAUCUUUGGAUGAGACUGAUAUUGACAUUUUGAAGUCACCAGAACCUUGGAAAGAUUUGAUUAGAACCAAAGCAUGUCUAUAUGUCAGUGAUUUAUCUAAAAAAGAUCAUAGAAUUUUAAAAGCUAAAUCUAGUUUAUAUGUAUGGAAUUUGAUAACAGUAGCUGUAUUUUAUUCAUUGCCUGUUAUUCAAUUAGUUUUUACUUCUCAAAAAAUGCUCAUUGAAACUGGAAAUCAGGAUUUGUGUUAUUAUAAUUUUCUGUGUUCGCAUAGUUUUGUAUUAGGACCAUGGAAAUUUAGUGAUUUCAAUCAUAUAUUUUCAAAUAUUGGGUAUAUAUUUUUCGGACUUCUUUUCAUUUUAAUUACAUAUAAACGAGAAUGUGUGAAUAUACCCAAUCAAAAAUUUGGUAUUCCCAAUCAUUGUGGUUUGUAUUAUGCAAUGGGAUCAGCACUGGCUAUGGAAGGAUUAAUGAGUGCUUGUUAUCAUGUAUGUCCUAAUCAUUCCAAUUUUCAAUUUGAUACGAGUUUCAUGUACAUAAUAUGUAUGUUGAGUAUGAUCAAAAUUUAUCAAACUAGACAUCCUGACAUCAAUGCUAAUGCAUAUUUAGUGUUUGGUGUUUUGGCAUUUGUUAUUAUACUUGGUCUUACUGGUAUUAUGUAUGAAGGUCCAAUACUUUUUAUACUCUUCACUUGUUUACAUUUAAUAAUGAUAUUUUGGUUAUCUGCACAAAUAUACUAUAUGGGCAGGUGGAAAUUAGAUAAAAAAACACCAAAACGUUUUUUAAACCACUUAAUGACUGCACCAAAUCCAUGUAAACCGAAGUAUCCAAACCGUAUGGUUUUGUUGAGUAUUGGUAUUUUAAUUAACUUGGGAUUGGCCAUAAGUCAUUGGAUCAUAAAGUUUGGCAAUUUUGGAAAUUACCUUUUAAUAUUGUUUAUGGUCAAUUUGAUUCUGUAUCUAUCAUUUUAUAUUGUUAUGAAGUUGAUAUCAAAGGAAAAAUUACAUUUUUGGCCAUUACUGUACAUUUUGUUGGCUAUGAUAUUUUGGUCUGCCUCAUUGUAUUUUUAUAUGCAUAAAUCAAGUUCAUGGACUCUAAGUGCAGCUCAAUCAAGAACGUAUAACACACCGUGCACUUUUAUGGAUUUCUAUGAUAAUCACGAUAUUUGGCAUUUCCUGUCAGCUAUUAGUUUGUAUCUCUCAUUUAUGGUUUUGUUUACAUUGGACGAUGAUGUUAUUAAUAAACCUACAGCAACAAUACCUGUUUUUUAGUAAAUGUCAAGUGUAAUGUGAUCUUAUUUAAAUAUUAUCAUUAAUGUAACAAUGAUUAAGUCAAACAUUACCAAAGUGCUAUAAUAUAAGAUUGUAAAUAUAAAAUGUUGCAGACUUACCUAUUGUGUUUAAAUUUUAUUAAAAUGUGUUAAAGUAAUUUAUAUUUAUAAGUCAUUAUUAUAAAUUAGCGCCAUUUUAUAAAAACGUACCUAUCAUAUUUUACAGUUAAUACUGUAUAUUACUAUAGAGUGUAGAUGAAGGA